AAAAGCUAACAAGCCCCACCUCUCUUUUGCAAGGUGAAGACCCGCCCCCACGUGGAGCUAACCUCAGUGUGUGUCUCUACUUUUAUUUGAAGAGAAUGAAGCUUGUUCAUCGAUCCCUGGACAGGAAUGGAAGUGGUCAAGUGGUGCUCAUUCCUGAAGAGCCUGAGGACAUGUGGCACAUGUACAAUCUCAUCGCUAGCAGGGACAGUAUCAAAUCAACAACUAUACGGAAAGUGAAGGACGAGUCCUCCACUGGGUCCAGUACGACUAGUCGAGUGCGGACAACCCUCACAGUCACAGUGGAGAAUAUAGAGUUUGACACUGCUGCUUGCGAACUAAGGGUCAAAGGUCGGAACAUACAGGAGAACCAGUAUGUGAAAAUGGGUGCCUACCACACAAUAGACCUCCAACUGAACCAGAAGCUGACCCUAUGCAAGGGAUGCUGGGACAUUGUGGCUCUGGACAGACUGGAUUUGUCAUGUGAUCCAACAAGAACUGCUGAUGUGGCAGCCGUCAUAAUGCAUGAAGGUCUUGCCCACGUGUGUGUGGUAACGGACUCUAUGACGAUCACUCGUGCAAGAAUAGAAGUUCCAAUUCCACGAAAAAGAAGAGGUUCCUGUACUAAUCAUGACAAGGCUGUACAGAGGUUCUAUGACACUGUCAUGCAGGCACUACUGAGACACGUCAGGUUCGAAGUGGUCAAGUGCAUCAUCGUGGCCAGUCCAGGAUUUGUCAAGGAUCAAUUCUACGAGUAUAUAUACGGGGAGGCAGCCAGGCACGACGUGAAGGUGCUGUUUGAGAACAAGCCCAAGUUUCUACUAGUGCACUCGUCCUCAGGGCACAAACAUGCCCUCAAGGAAGUGCUAGCUGACCCAGCAGUGGCAGUGCGACUGGCAGACACUAAGGCCCUUGCCGAAGUGAAGACAUUGGAUGCUUUCUACAGUAUGUUACAGUCAGAACCUAACAGAGCAUAUUACGGUAUACGGCAUGUGGAGAAAGCGAAAGAGGCUCACGCUAUUGAGAUACUCAUGGUCACAGAUGAACUGUUUAGAUCAGCAGAUGUUCCCACGAGACAGAGAUAUGUUCGACUAGUGGAGGCAGUCAAAGAUGGAGGAGGAACUGUACGCGUCUUCUCAAGCCUGCAUGUCUCAGGAGAACAGCUCGGCCAGUUGUCUGGAGUGGCAGCCAUUUUAAGAUUUCCCCUCCCUGAGUCCGAGGACAGUCAAGAUUCAGACAGUGACUAGUAAACAUUCACUAUUAUUAUAAUUUUCUGUCAGCAUUUUUUAAUUGUGAUGAGGGCGAGCUCUUUAUUACCAUUAUAUAUCUAUUAUUAUGAUGGGCCUAAGA